CGCACGUCACACGCCAUACAGCUCUCUCUCAGCUCUCAGCUCUCAGCUCUCACAGAGCAGCACUUCCAGAGAAACUCAUCUUCCGGGUCUUGAGCCUUGGUCUCUGAAGAGCAAACACAACAUCGGUUUGACCGAAACACUGGCACGUUGCUGGUUGAAGGGGCGCUAUCUUCAACGGCGUCCGUGUGUACGCCAAGGCCAAGCGUCAGGCGGAGAUACCAUGUGGACUGGGCUUGCGAAGACCUUAGUAGCUCGUUGCCGCUGUUGCAUACAGCCGUUGAGAAGUAUGGAGAGAGCCGUGGGCGUCAGAAGAAUAAGCACUGUGGGAGAGUUUUUGGAACCCGAUGGAGAGAUGCUGAAGGCGCUGGUGUGCCCGUUUUCCAAGCUACCGCUUACUUAUGAUCGCGAGGCGAGAGAGCUGCUGUCUCCGGUAGGGGUGGCCUUCCCCAUCACAGCAAACGGAGUCGCCGACAUGACACCUGCCAGUGCGAGGCUUGUGGAGGCACCUCCAGAUGGCGGAGAGCAAGUGUGAACAGAACUGACGACGCAUGCACGUGGCUACCGGCUCAAGCCACACCUCGUGUUGGCUGGGAGCAAGGAACCGAACCUGCACGGAGGGUACCUGUAGCGUGAGGCUCGUAGGAUGGUCGGGAAGUGGCGGCGUGUAAAAGCGGCUGCGAAAAUUACCAGCAACACUCCGGCUUCACCUAACCAACAUCCGCCGCUGUGGUCGUCGCUCAUCGAGGAUUGUAUCCAACUGCGGCACGUUCGCCUUCGAUUCUGUGAGAACAUGGGCAUGGCAGGCAGGAACACCGUGAGACUGCGAGCGUUGGCGAGUGGCGUACGAUUCUUUGUGGCAGUAUAAUACUGUAGUAGUCAAGACAUUAAGGGCGUCCCGUAAACGUUGCAGAAACAAGCGCAAAAGUCCCUUGUAGGCUGGAACAAUUGCCUCUCUGUUCGCUCGGUCCUGCACCUCAGAUCCCGAUAAUUGGUGCCCAAAUCUGUCGAAAGGAGAACCGAGCACAUGAACGAGCGGCCCAACAUUACAUGUGAGUCAUGGAUUCCCGGAGACGUGGCUUUCCAGAGAAUUAGAAAGAGGAUUGGCCCAUCCUCAAGCUGGGUGAUUGAAUCACCUG